AUGCAAAAACUAUGCCCGGGUUGGAGUUUCGCUUCUAAUCAUGCCUCUGAUGAAGAUGGACGUAUUAUCAUCAUUUGGAAACACCCUGCUGUCAUAAAUCUUUUAUACCAAACCCGUCAAACCCUUACUUGCGAAGUCACGAUAAGCUCUUCUCUGAAGUUUGUAUAUACAGCGGUGUACGCAGCUAAUACGGUUGCAGAACGAACAGAUCUCUGGAUGGACCUCCUAACAACCCAUCAAACUCUCUCUCUAGAUGCUGUUCCAUGGGCGGUGGGAGGGGAUUUUAAUCAAAUCCUUCACCCAUCUGAACACUCCUCUACCUCAGAAGCCGCCUUCACUCCUCCUAUGAUUGAUUUUGCUGACUGCCUCUUGCAAGUGGGCUUGUUUGAUCUGCGCUUUCAAGGGCCUUUAAACACUUGGUCAAACAAAUGUCCCACUCAACCUAUUGCGAAGAAACUUGAUAGGCAACUGGUAAAUCAACCUUGGAUCUCCACCUUUCCCCACAGCCUAGCUAAUUUCCAUUCCCCCAACAUCUCAGACCACUCCUCUUGCAUCCUCGAUCUAGCCUCCCUUUUACCCAUAGCUGGUACCAAACCCUUCAAGUUUUUCAACUACCUUACCAAACACCCAAAAUUUGUGCCUACUGUGGAGGACUUCUGGAUUCAGGCCGGUAGCAUUGCUUCCACUCUCGGAGAGCUAUGCUGGAAACUGAAACAAAUAAAACGAGUGCUCAAAGAUUUAAAUUUUGCAAAUUUCUCUAAAAUUCAGGAGAGAGUGAUUAUAGCUAAUAGUUUGUUGCAACUUGUGCAGGCAGAAGCUCUUCAGUCACCUACUAUGUUGUUGUUUGAAAAGGAGAAAGAGCUCCAUGAUAAAUGGGAAUUUCUCAGGGCCAUUGAGGAGGCGUAUUUCAGGCAAAAAUCGCGUAUUAAUUGGCUAGGUGAAGGAGAUUUAAAUACCUCUUACUUUCAUCGGAUAUGGAAGGUCCGUUCUGCGGUUAAUGCCAUCAGAUCCUUCAUUCUGCCAAAUGGUACACUGAUCACAGACCCUGUUGCUAUGGGUGAGCUUGCAAUCUCACACUUUAAGAGUAUUCUAGCACCAGACGUCCUUCCGAUCACGAUCUCCACUCCCCAAUGGUUUGCUUCUAUUCUGACAUUCUGUGUCUCUCCUGAACAAACCGCCACUAUGUCUGCUUUGCCAUCACCAGAAACAAUCACCAAGACCCUCCUCAGACUCAACCCAAAUAAGGCUCCAGGCCCCGAUGGUCUCACAUCUGGCUUCUUUAAAGCUUCUUGGGCAAUCAUUGGCCAUGAAGUCCUCUCCUCCAUUGGUACUUUUUUCUCAACUGGUUUCCUGCCUGCAGUUGUAAAUUCCACCAUCCUCUCCCUUGUCCCCAAGCAUCCGGAACUUAUCCUUCCCAACCAAACUGCUUUUGUGCAAGGCCGUCUUCUUGUUGAAAAUACAAUCUUAGCCACUGAUGUAGUAGAUGGCUACCACAAGCAGUUUGGUCCUCCCCGACUCACCUUGAAAGUUGAUAUAGCAAAAGCGUUUGAUACUCUAAAUUGGGACUUCCUUUUCAUCUGCUUGAGCACUCUACAGAUCCCGCCAAUCUUCAUUCACUGGUUGAAAACUUGUGUCUGCACUCCAUCUUACACAAUCGGUUACAAUGGGGCUGUGCAAGGAUUUUUCAAAGGGCGUCGUGGACUUAGGCAAGGUGACCCUCUCUCUCCUUACCUAUUUGUUGUUGCUAUGAACUGUCUCUCUCAGCUUUUGAACAGAGGUGCAGAGGAAGGGAAAUUCGGCUAUCAUGCCAAAUGCUCAUCCUCAAAGCUCACUCAUCUUUGCUUCGCCGACGACCUCCUUAUAUUCACGGACGGCAAACUGAGCUCUGUCCAAGCAAUUCUAGCUAUUUUGGAUGAGUUUGCUGCGCAUUCUGGCCUUAAGAUCAGCCUCCAAAAAACCUCGUUUAUGUCUUGUGGAGUCCCUCAGGAUCAAGUUGACAUUAUUGCCCAGUCGUGUCAGCUAUCUGUUGCCACUCUCCCUGUCCGUUAUCUAGGCGUCCCCCUCCUGUCUCAGAAGCUAUCUAUGCACCAUUGCACCCCGUUGAUCCAACUCAUCAAGAGCAAAGUCAACUCCUGGAGUGCGCGCACCUUGUCAUAUGCAGGAAGACUCUUACUGCUGAAUACGGUUAUCAAUGGCAUCACUAAUUUUUGGACCUCAACCUUCAUUUUACCCAAAGCCUGCAUCACAAAGAUCGACUCCCUCUGUAGCUCUUUCCUUUGGCAUGGCUCGUCUGAAGCUGGCCAUUCAGCAAAGGUAGCUUGGGAAACUGUAACGCUCUCAAAGGAUGAAGGAGGAUUGGGCUGUAGAGAUCUAAGAGCCUGGAACAAAGCCUGCACACUAAAACUCAUCUGGCUUCUCUUUAAAUCCUCAGGCUCCAUAUGGGUUGCGUGGUUCAUCGAAGAAAUCCUUCGAGGUGAUCUCUCUAGGUUCUGGGUAAUAAAACCGAAGCAGCGUUUCCCAUGGCUGGUCAAAAAACUGCUUGGCCUUAGGAAUUUAGCUUUCAACUGGAUCCAUGUCAGAGUGGGCUCCGGAGCCUCUGUGCGAUUCUGGUCUGAUAACUGGUCUCAUCUGGGUGCUAUUUCAGCGUUCUUGUCACCCUCUAUCUCCAACUCAAUGGGCAUUCCUCAAGCUGCUUCCCUCCAAGACAUCUACCAGAAUGGAACGUGGCGAGUUAGACCUGCAAGAUCCGAUAAGCAGGUUACGGUUCAAGCAUUACUUUCAUCUCUCACUUUGACGACAGAGCCGGAUUCUAUAAUUUGGAGUGUAGACAAUACAGUUUGGGAAAAAUAUAGCACUGGUGGAAUUUACAGAUUACUCAAGAAUCAUGGCAACAAAGUACCUUGGAACCACAUCAUUUGGAGUAAAGGCGGAAUCCCAAAGCACAACUUCAUGGCGUGGCUAGCUACUCUCAAUCGCCUCCCAACUAAAGAUCGGCUCCUACAAUGGGGUCUGAAUGUGGACCCAAAUUGCCUGCUUUGCUCCACUACAGCUGAAUCGCGUGAUCACCUCAUCCUCGAAUGCUCUUACUCUGCCUCUCUCUGGCGUAGAUUCUCCAUGCGCCUUGGUCUAACCAUGCCGUUGUCUUGGGGUUUGAUGAUCUCGGCGUUACUAUCACUCACGGGGCCAGUGUGGUAUAAGAGAUUAUGUUGCUUGGUUUGGAAGCUUGCGAUCUACUCUCUCUGGGUUGAGAGGAAUUCGAGACUCCAUCGUCAAAACUACCGUUCGGUAGACUCCUUAGCUGCGACAAUGGAUCGAACUAUUAGGAACAGAAUCAACAGCCUUCGUGAUGCAAAUCCUGUUGCAGCUUCUACCAUGUAUCAAUUCUGGAUUCAAUCCUCCACCUAG